CGGUGGCCGCUCCACACUCGGCCCCACUCGGCGCUGUGAUCGCGGGCGGGCGGGCGGCGGCGGCGGCGAGGCGGCUGUGACAGGCGACCCGGGAGCGCCUCGACCCGCGGAGGGCGGCGAGAGAAUUUUUUUCAUGGAGGAGAGAAGAUGCGUAGUGCUGGAGUAGCUCAGUUGGUCAGGCAGCAUCUCGGGAGAACAUGGAUAGGUGACAUUUCAGACCGUUCGUUUUUGAAUGUAAACCAUGGACGAGGAUCAGGAUGAACCGAUCAAUAUAUCCGUAACACUGGGAAAAUCUCAAAGGAAACGGGAAGUCAUUGCCAUUUUCAGUGAUGAAGAGUCCAGCAGUGAGGAAGGUGAUGAUGUGGAUGAGGGCGAUACAGAUGACGAUGGAGAGGGAGCAGAGGAUGAUGACUUGGAGGAUGACGAAGAUGAUGAUGAUGAGGAAGAUGAAGAUGAAGACGACGAGGAGGAAGAGGCAGAAGAUGGCGAUGAGGCUGAAGGUGGAGCUGGAGGAGCGGCCAACAAGAAGCUGGGCUCUGGGGAAAAGUGGGCCAGCAGCUCUGAUGAAGAGGGAGAGAAUUGCCCAAUCUGUCUGAAUGUCUUCCGGGAUCAGGCCAUCGGGACUCCAGAGAACUGCAUGCAUUACUUCUGCCUUGACUGCAUCCUUGAGUGGGCAAAGAAUGCCAAUUCAUGCCCUGUGGAUCGAAUCACUUUCAAAAACAUCUGUGUGCGUACACAUUUUGGAGGGACAGUUUUAAAGAAGCUUCCAGUACUGAACCCUAACAAAGACAAUGAAGAGGGGCAAGAGGACGUGACAAACUGUGAGGUGUGUGGACGGAGUGACCGGGAAGAUAGCCUUCUCCUCUGUGAUGGUUGUGAUGCGGGGUAUCACUUGGACUGUCUCACUCCUGCCCUUCACACCGUCCCAGUGGAAGAAUGGUUUUGUCCAGAAUGUGCUGAGAGCAAUCCCACAGCUGCUGUAGAAGAGAUCGACGAUGAGGAGUUAGCGUUCCUAAUUGCGGACGCACCCCAGGAACCCACUACGUCUCGGUUACGUCUCACUGCCAGAAGAACGCGGGCCAUAGCGAGGACUCGUCAGAGCGAGAGGGUGCGAGCAAAUGUGAACAGGAGCAGGAUUACCCGGGCUCACCAGAUCAGGGAUGUUCCCCAGUAUCUGAUGAACCCAAGCCUGCUGGAUGAAACCAUUGAGUGUGUUGUUGCGGGUUUAAAUACAGCAGUGUACCAUCGGCCCCUCGCCCCCCGAGCUCGAACCACAAAGAAACGUUGGAAAAGAUCAGGUAAAAAAAGGAAGAAGGCUAGGACACAGAAAUCUCGCGGUAAAACCGGCCUCUGGUUGGGAAGUAAGGUUGGUGAAAAGUCCACGAGAAAACGCAGGAGAAAGACGAGGAGAAGGAAGGGUGCAAAGAAAGUGAGUAAGGUGAGCGUGACAGCGCGCUCACGCAUUGCACGGAGCCUAGGCCUGGGGAAACCCGUCAAUGGGAUCUCAGUCCCCUCGAUGUACAGGCCAUUGGAGCCAUCCCUGAGGAUUAUGCGGACGGACAUUGGAGCCGCUUCACUCUCUGUCUAUGGUGACCCCAAUGACCUGGAUCCCUUUGAGAGUGAAGCUGACAAUGUGUACGGAGACACAACAAGUCUUGGCUCCCCUCUCAGCAACAAGAGACGAAUCCUGUCCCGCUCAGCGCUACGAUCUCACCGGCCGGUCGCCCGACCUAUCUCUGUGAAAAUCUCCAGAAACGGACGGCUUCCAGCUGUGGGGCAGGAGGCACAACCACAGGCCGCGCCUGUUCCAGAUGUGCUGGAGGGCAUCCUGGCCAAGCAGAAUGUCCUACUGAUGGACAGUUCCAACAUCGUGAUCAAUCGGGAUGGAUCACUGAAGGCUAAAGUUGCGUCAGGCCAGCCCGCACUGUUACCGUCAGGUAGCAACAGAACAGGUGAGGCGUCCACUGGGUGUUCAGCGUCAAGUGGUUAUAACUCGGGGAACUCUACACAUGCCCCAAAGGGGGAUUGGAAAACUGCUGGUGUCACCAACAAGUCGGCCGCGCCGACUUUUCCAUCAACGUCUCGUUUCCAACCAAACCCGCGGCAGCCGGCAGCGUCCAGCAACAUGCGACCGGCCUUUUCAGGAACUUUUACUCCCAUGCCAGAGGUGUCAGCCGGCCCUCGGCCUGGAGGGUCUGUUUCCUUCCCUGGUGCGGAAUGGACGGGAGCAGCAAGUAAAGGCGCAGGCGACGGUCAGAAGGGAACCAGCGGCUUCACACCUUUCCGAUGGCUGAAUAGUGCCUCCAACUUUCAUAUUAAAAGCAGCGUGGGCACGCUGAAACGUGUUGCACCGCAGCCAGCCGUCAGGAGACUCGACAUCUCUGAGUUCCCUCGGAUACCAAAGAUCAAGACUCAGACUGGUAGCGACACACAGGGUAAUGGAGCAUCUCAUUUAAGCAGACAGAUGAGCAGUGAGCAGACUACAGGAGCCAGAGAGCUGCAGAAGGCUGGCGAAAGGCUUCAGUCCUCGGGCUCGGACAACUCCCGCCUUUGCCAGGAGAAGCUGCGAGCUCUGGACGUGGCACCCAACCUGUCCACUCUGACCCGUCUGAAGGCUGUCCACUCCACAAGGCUACCCAAGAUGGAAGCCUACGACCCAUUUGAACCUACAGAUGAUGAAGUGCAGCACUGUGGCAGAAAGGACAGUCAUUCGCAGUUGCAAAUAAAUUUAAAAAGUGCAGAUGAUAUGUACGAUCCUUUUGAACCGACGGGUUCUGACCCAAGUUCAUCAAGUUCCACCCCUGAUAGGCCUGAGUCAAGAUGUGAAGGUGAAUCGCCAAUGUCCAGCCCUGGCUAUGGGAGUUCAGUAGCAGAGAAGCACACAGAGCCCACAUCGAGUCUUUAUUAUGAUUCUGACAGUAUAGAGUUAUCCCCUACACAGCUAUCCGAGCCUCGUCAAAUCCCAACUCAACCCCAGGCAACAGAAGACACUGCUGAGGGUCCCGAGUCUCCAGCACCUCGUGCUCGACUUUCUUUGGACUCUGACUGGGAAGCUACUUGUGACUCGCGCCUUUCUGUUGAGGUCAAGGAUGUGAAAUUGAGGGCAGAAUCAGGUAUGAGCAAGUGGGACAAUGUGCGUGUCAGUGUUUCAGUGUGUCCAGAUGGAGCAUGGUCUGAGCAACGGGUAGUAAAUGCAGACAGUGAUGGUAUUUCUUCAUCUGCCUCUUGUGAUGAGGGGAUUGAGAAAGCUGUCGACAAGAUUGUUCCCAUUAAUACGAGAACUGAUGUAGAUAUUUCUUCAGAAAUUGAAGUAAGAGGCAGAGUUGAUAAAGAAGCUCGCCCUGAAUCGAGGAUCCGAUCGAGGUCACGCUCCAGUUCUCACAGCCGACGGCAAAGCAAGAAUUUGGUUCACGGGAACCGCGGGGGCCACAGGUCGAAGUCGCGGUCGAAGGAACGGAAAAAGUUGAGAUCACAUUCAAGAGAACGCAGGAGAACAAGAUCCAGAUCGCGGUCUCGAUCCAGUAGUUUUGACAGGUACAGGAGACGGAAACUGAAGCAGGAACGGUGCAGGGAAAAGAGAGGGAGGCGAUUGAGGUCAGGCAGCUCAUCCUCUGACCUGUCUACUGACAGCCACAAGAGGAGGAGGAAGGUCUCUGGGUCCAAGGACCACAAGGGUUUCUACAAACACUCCCACAGCAGCAGCGAGAGAGGAAAGAGAAGGCAGUACCAUCGGGAGCAAAGUUGGGAGCAGUAUGAAAGACGGAGCAGACGGUCAAACUCGUGGUCCAGGGAGAGAAGGCCCUCGAGGUCCAGUUCCAGAAACAGAGAUCGGAAAAAGCCCUGGCCUAAAAUCCGAGAGAAGAUUAGGUCUUGGUCCAGGUCUAGUUCCAGAGAAAGGAGAUCAGGGUCGAGAUCGAGCUCCCGCGAUAAGAGAAGCUCACACACUCGGUCGAGUUCCAGGGAGAAGAGAAGAUCCGGCAGAUACAGAGACAAAGGAAGAUCAAAGACUCACUCCCGAUCCAAAGAAAGGAGGAAACCAACAACUCACUCAAGAACCCGCUCGCGAUCGAGGGACCAGAGCAGAUCGCAGUCCAGAGAGAGGGGCUGUCAGUCAAAGUACCAAGCCCCAGAGGACGAAGGCAGAUGGAACUUUACACAGGAGAAAAUACUACAUGCAGAGUAUGAUCAAGAGGAAAAGAAAGUUCCCUCCCCCAAUCAAGAGCCGCCCCAGAGAUACGUCUCGAUGCAGGAGUUAAUCAUUCCUUGCAGUGCUGAGAGCUCCCAGGAUGGUAAUGAUUUGCCUGAGGACCAGACCUCUGCUCAUUCACUGGGACUAAAAGAGGAAUCAGUGCCGCACAUUGACCAAGUACAAGAAGCAACAGGGCAGUGGGAACUUCCCGAACAAUGGCGAGAGUCCGUGUGUCCGAGUGAGAGCGUGCAGGGAAACGAUGUGGAUAUCCUCACUGCUAUUGAGCAUGUUUGGGAAGACUCUGACACACACACAAGGCAAGAUGACAGUGAAAUAACAAGUGCAAGUGUCCCCUCCGAGUAUUUCCAAAUGGGCAGUCCUUGUUACCAGGAGCAGGCUACAGAAGAUGUGGUUUCCAUUCCACUGAUAGGUCUCAGUAAAGAAGAGGAGGCGGUAAACAAAGAAGCCUUGUGCCCUGAAGUAGAACCAUUCCCCCAGCCAUUCCCAGCUGAACCCGACCCUCCUAGUGCUGGAGAUGACUCUUUGAACUUUGGUAAGACGAUAUGUGCAGGUGAUCAGACAGCAUCGGUGGAUGUGAGCACAUGUGAUCAGACUGCAUCGCUGGAUGUGAGUGCAGGUGAUCAGACUGCAUCGGUGGAUGUUAGCGCAUGUGAUCAGACUGCAUCGCUGGAUGUGAGCGCAUAUGAUCAGACUGCAUCGCUGGAUGUGAGCGCAUGUGAUCAGACUGCAUCGGUGGAUGUGAGCGCAUGUGAUCAGACUGCAUCGCUGGAUGUGAGUGCAGGUAAUCAGACUGCAUCGGUGGAUGUAAGCGCAUGUGAUCAGACUGCAUCGGUGGAUGUAAGCGCAUGUGAUCAGACUGCAUCGGUGGAUGUGAGCGCAUGUGAGAAGUCCAAUAGCCCUGUCCCUGCAGGUUCUGAGGCUGUGUGCUGCUUUAAGAGUGAGCAGGUGGACAGCAGCUCAACAGAUGAGUGCUACCAGAAGACAGAACCAGAGUUGGACAGUGUUUGCCUUGCUUCAAACAGUACAGGCAAGCAAGAGGAAUCGCCGACUGAUGAAUCUGCAACUGCUUCAUCACCGAAGCAGCUGGGGCCAGUGAAUGUGGAGAGCAGUAAGGAAUGUGUGGAGAUUGCGCUCUUGCAGCAGGCAGAUGCUGUGAAUGUGAAGGCAGAGCUUGAUACAGCAGCACAGGGCUGCAACAGCGGAGUCAAAGCCAAGACGCUGGUCAAGAGAGUAACUUGGAACUUGGAGACAGAGAAGGAUGAGGCUUCCUCAGCGAAACCUGCCAGAACUCCAAUGUCCUACAGGACGCACCGCUACAAUAAAGAGAGCAUUUGGAAACCUCCAGAAACAAGUCAACCAGCGAGCCCUAUGCCACUCUUCCCACCUGCAGCUCCCAAUUACAUGAUCCCCCCGCCAAUCUUCCCUGGGCUGUUUCCACCUCAGGCAUUCAACCAACUCAACAUGCCACCCCCGUUCAUGCCUCCGUUCCCACCGCUGCAUCCUCCACCCUACGCGCCCGUCAGCCAGCCCGCCCCUCCCUACAUCAUGCAGGGCGGUAUCCCGCUGAUUGGUUCCACGCCUGUGCCGCCGUUAUUGCCGCCACCCACCUACCAGGGUGGGACUGCAGCUGCUCAGGUGGCCGUCCCUGUGGUCGCUCCUCCUCUGGCUGCAGAGACACACGUGGCUCAAGUGGAAGCAAACCUGGACACUGAUAACAAAGUCUCCGAGGACAGGACUCAGAAUCAGAAUUAUAUAAAGAAACUUCACGUGCAAGAGAGAGCUGUUGAGGAAGCCAAGUUGGCGUUAAAGCCGUAUUACCAGAGUAAAGACAUCACCAAAGAGGAGUACAAAGAAAUCCUGCGUAAAGCAGUACAGAAGAUCUGCCACAGCAAAAGUGGUGAAAUUAACCCGGUCAAGGUGGCGAACCUGGUGAAAGGUUACGUGGAGAAGUACAAACACAUCAGGAAGUACAAGAAGGGGGCUGAGGGAGAGAGCAGCAAAGAAACUGACAGCAAGGCGGAGGAGAGCUGAAGGUUUUGCCCGCUGCCCGCACAGACAGCUCCUAGUACAGAUUGUCCGUGAGUGUGGAGGGGCCACAAGCAAGGCCAGAGGGUCAGCGUGACGUCUGCACCCAGACACUUUAUAUCUCAUGCUAUCGUCACCCCAUUCAUCUGUGGUCCUGGGAGAAAGGAAAAACCCCUAGAACCUUCCUGCCUGCUUUGUUUUCUUUUUGUACAAUAGAACACAAUUCCACACUGUGACUGUCCAUCUUCCCACAAAUCCGGUUUGUAGACAUUGUUUGCCUUUAGCAUUCUGUUCCUUUGACUUAAAAUGGAUUGAAUACUUGAAGCUGCGUUUGGUCGGUCUGAGUCUGCCUGAGAACGUCACAGUCUGAAUAACUCGGCUUUAUAAAACAUUGGUCACUUUUGCAAACAGUCUCUUAUUUUUUAGGUUCCUCAUUUCUGAGUAACACAUAACAUUUGCCUUCUCAAAACCUGCUCUAAACUGCUUGUCAUGAAUCAUAAUUUAAAAGCCAUAAUUGCAUCUUUUAAUGCUGUAAAUAAUAUUUGAAAUUCAUUUGUUAGAGUGUUUUCUUUUCUCUUCCCCAGUAUGAAUAAUUCUGGGUCUGUGACGAUAAAGAUGAAGUGUAAAUGGUA